AUGGGAGCAGCUGGCACGCAACCCAGAGUUCAGCUGGAGCACCGCCCUGAGCAGGGAGCCGCCAGCAUUGCCGAGUGGGAGGAGCUGCCAAAGGCGCCAGACCCGCCCCGUGCAGGCUUGGCGCGCAAGCCGCCUGCGCAGAUGCUUGCCAGCCCUGGCACCGUUAGGACUGGGCUGCGGGCGACCUGGGUUGAUGAACUGAGCCCUGAGCAACCCGUUCCACGAUCUACAGUGGUAGUGAAUGCCACGGUAGAUGGCCACUUGCCCUGGACCUGCCAAAUUUGCAGCCAGAGGGACAUCUCACCAAGUGCAGCUGCUUGUCCCACAUGCCAACGCUCGCGUGGAACAGAGAUUAGACGUGCCUAUUUGACAACGACAGAGCUGACGCAGUCAGUGGUGGAUGCUGUGAAUGAUGGAGCGGUAUUUCAGUCUGGAGGCAGCUCUUCCUCAAAGCCCAAGCGCCGCGAGAAGAGUCCUUCGCGCAAAGUCGAAGGCACGAAGCUGUCACAAGCUGGGAGCACUUGGCUUCGAGACAAAGAGAGGGCUCCUGAGGGCAAAGCACCCACCAGUUCGGAGAAGCACGCGAACACGUGGCACUCCCAACCACGCGUUGAUGCUCUUGACCGUGAGCUCGGACGCCGCGAGCCCGAGAUGGAGGGCUUUCGGCCUGUCCGCCCAUCCCAACUGCAGGCCGGGGGCUCUGGCAAAGGCAUGAGAGACCCGGCAGGCUUCAAAGAACCUCCGCCGCCAUACCAUCCACCGGAGCCUUUGCCAACAACUCCACUGCCGGACCGCCCUCAGUUCCACAUGCGAGGCCGGGAAGCUGGCGCUGGCUUGGCUGGCCCGCCGCUCCCCACUCCCUUCUUUGAAGGAGAUGUUUGGGGCAAGACGAGCUCGAUGGGUGCCAUGGGCAUGUCUCCUCCACGCAGUUUCCAAGGUAGCCGGGACCACGACAAGCCGCGCAGCCCGCCUGAUCCCAGAAUGGGCGCGCCGCAAGGCAGCCGGGAUCACGACAAGUUGCGCAGCUCGCCUGAUCCCAGAAUGGGCGUGCCGCGAGGCAGCCAGGACCACGACAAGCCGCGCAGCCCGCCUGAUCCCAGAAUGGGCGCGCCGCAAGGCAGCCGGGAUCACGACAAGUUGCGCAGCUCGCCUGAUCCCAGAAUGGGCGUGCCGCGAGGCAGCCAGGACCACGACAAGCCGCGCAGCCCGCCUGAUCCCAGAAUGGGCGCGCCGCAAGGCAGCCGGGAUCACGACAAGUUGCGCAGCUCGCCUGAUCCCAGAAUGGGCGUGCCGCAAGGGCGGGAUCGAAAAGCUCGUAGUCAGCCCGAGUUCAGAAUUGGAGGGUCGGCCUCUGCGCCGAUGAUCGGCCAGAAGGAUCCAGCAAUGGCAAAUCAGCGGAACGGCGCGGCGCCAGUCAAGCCAGCCAAGCCAGCUCCGGUUGAUACCCAGAUGGAUGUGGAAGCGCUGCUUGAGGCACAGAAGAAGAGAAUCGAAAGCUUGAAGCAGAAGCUCAACGCAAACAUGGCUUGA